UCCGCUGUUCUAGUCUGUUUGUGUUUUGACUAUUUACUGUGGAGCUCUUCUCUUCUCCUAUUCAGCUCUAGUUCGAGCUGAAAGAGGCUGACAGUCAGCGUUUCCCGCUUCGUAAAAAGAAGAAGCAGGAGAAGGAUGGCGUCCGACUCUCCCCGCAGACCGAGCCGCUGUGCCGGGGGAGUUUUGGUCCGAGCUCAAGCUGCUACGGAGCAGUCAUACAUGGAAAGUGUUGUCACCUUCCUGCAGGAUGUGGUCCCUCAGGCAUAUACUGGAGCGCCACCUACUGAUGAGAAAGAGAAAAUCAUUUGGGUUCGAUUUGAGAAAGCAGACAUUAAUGACACAGCUCGUAACCCAGAGUUUUUGGAGAUGCACAGCGGCACCUCAGACCCGCCCCUCCUCCUCAUGAUUGGCUACGCUGAUGGCAUGCAGAUCUGGAGCAUAUCUUUGGCAGGAGAAGCCCAGGAGCUGUUCUCGGUGCGUCAUGGACCUGUUCGAGCUGCUCGGAUUCUUCCUGCUCCUCACAUCAGUCCUCUGAAAGCAGACGGCUUUGCUGAGAAGAGGCCAUUGCUGGGGGUCUGCAAGAGCGCAGGGUCUUCAGGGACCAGCCCACCUUAUUGUUGUGCUGACUUGUAUUCUUUACGGACAGGCGAAAUGGUUAAAUCCAUUCAGUUCAAGACACCAAUCUAUGAGCUCCACUGCAACAAACAUAUUCUUGUGGUGAGCCUUCAAGAGAAAAUUGCAGCCUUUGACAGCUGCACUUUCACCAAGAAGUUCUUCGUUACAAGCUGCUAUCCGUGCCCCGGUCCCUGCCUCAAUCCAAUAGCUCUGGGAAGCCGCUGGCUCGCCUACGCUGAGAACAAGUUAAUAAGAUGUCACCAGUCUCAUGGAGGAGCCUGUGGCGACAACGCACAGUCCUACACAGCUACAGUGAUCAAUGCUGCUAAAACUUUGAAAACAGGCCUAACAAUGGUGGGUAAAGUUGUGACCCAGCUGGCCGGCACCCUACCGGCAGGCACACCCGACGAAGAGGGAACCCCUCACAGUGCAAGUCGCCGCAGCCCUCAUAGUCCUGGCGUGAUCACCAUCAUUGACACGGACAAUGUUGGCGAAGGACAGGUCCUGGUGAGUGAGGACUCGGACGGAGAGGGAGUGGUGGCUCACUUUCCAGCCCAUGACAAACCCAUAUCCUGCAUGCAAUUCAACCCUAGUGGAAUGCUCCUGGUGACAGCCGACACACUGGGCCAUGACUUCCAUGUCUUCCAGAUCCUCACCCACCCUUGGGCUUCCUCACAGAGUGCUGUUCACCAUCUCUAUACCCUGCACCGGGGGGAGACCGAGGCCAAGGUCCAAGACAUGUGCUUUAGUCAGGACAGUCGCUGGGUAGCCAUCAGCACCCUUCGAGGCACCAGCCACGUGUUUCCAAUCAACUCUUAUGGUGGCGCACCCUGUGCCCGCACCCACAUGUCCCCGCGGGUGGUGAACCGGAUGUCGCGCUUCCAAAAAAGCGCCGGCCUGGAGGAGAUCGAGCAAGAGCUGAACAGGGCGGCUGCUGUUGGUGGAGGAGGAGCUGGAGGCAUGGGAGGAAGCAGCUGCAUUCUGGGUGGAGGAGGCGGCAUGGGCGGCCGCUGCAGUCCCAUACCUGGCAUGUCCAGCAGCCCCUCAGGGUCUCCACUGCAUGCCAAGCUGAGCAACCAGGAUUCAUACAACAACUUCACCAACAACAACAUGGGGAACCCUCGGCUCACGCCGCUGCCCAGCCUCACCGUGGUGCUGCCUCUGGCUCAGAUCAAGCAGCCCAUGACGCUGGGCACCAUCACCAAGCGCACUGGACCUUACCUCUUUGGGGCGGGAUGUUUUGCCAUUAAAACUCCAUGCAAAGCUAAACCACCCCCCCAGAUCUCUCCGAGCAAGUCCAGUGGAGGAGAGUUCUGCGUUGCUGCCAUCUUUGCCUCGUCCCGCUCCUGGUUCCUCACGAAUCCAAACAUGAAGAGAGAGAAAGAUCAGACCAGGCAGUCGGUUGUGGACUCACUGUACAUAAUCAGUUGCUAUGGUAAUGUGGUGGAGCAUGUCCUGGAGCCUCGGCCAAUUAGCACUGCACAAAAGAUUAGCGACGAGACUCCGCUGGAGCUGAGCACCUCUCCCAGAGCAUGCUGGAACUUAGCCAGGACUCCGCAGUGGAACGAGUUGCAGCCACCUUUCAUCUCCAACCACCCACUGGUGCUGGCCUCAGAUCUGGUUCAGUACUAUCAGUAUCUCCUCGCUGGGAUUCCUCCCUGCAGCCCGGGUCCAAUCACACGUCAUGAGUCAUCCGACAGCUUGGCAUCAGACCACAGUGGCCAAGACGAUGAAGAAUGGCUCUCUCAGGUGGAGAUAGUGACCCAUACUGGUCCCCACCGUCGCCUGUGGAUGGGCCCCCAGUUCCAGUUCAAGACGAUUCACUCAUCAGGUCAGACCACAGUCAUCUCCUCAUCAUCCUCAGUGCUCCAGUCCCACGGCCCCUCCGAUGUACAGCAGCCACUUUUGGACUUUGACACAGAUGACCUGGAUCUACGCAGUCUUCGAAUCCAGCCAGUACGCUCCGAGCCAGUCAGCAUGCCCGGUUCAUCUCGGCUGCUGACCGACCGCAGAGGACAAACCAACAUCAUGGAUGCCGGCUCAGGUAGGAAGCUUCCUGUCUUUUCUGAUCCGGGGUCCAUCAUUUGA